CUUUCCCAUCUACAAAGAAACCAUGUUAAAGUAAAGUAAAUAAAAGGAGUGUGUGUGUGUGUGUGUGUGUGUGUAUGGAGACAACAAACACAAACACAAAACAACAUAAGCAAUCAAAGCACAAAACUGUCGUCCAGUAGCUACCAAGAGAUGAAGAUCCAAUGUGAUGUGUGUGAGAAAGCUGAGGCUACUAUGUUCUGUCCUUCAGAUGAAGCUGCUCUUUGCCAUGGAUGUGAUCAUACCAUCCACCGUGCCAACAAGCUCGCAACCAAACACACUCGUUUUUCUCUUGUUCACCUCAACUCCAAAGACUACCCUCUUUGUGAUAUCUGUCAAGAGAGGCGUGGAUAUCUAUUUUGCCAAGAAGAUAGAGCGAUUCUAUGCAGAGAAUGUGACCUUCCAAUCCAUGGAGCAAAUCAACAUACACAGAAACAUAACAGGUUUCUUCUCUCUGGUGUUAAGCUUUCAAGCAAUUCUUUAGACCCAGAUUCAUCAUCCACCAGUAUUGUCUCUGAAGCAAGAAACUACUCUAGUAGAUCAAAAGCAAACAUAAUACCAACAUCAGUUUCCAAUGAAAAUGCAAGUUCUUCUUGCAUGGUUGAAGACAACAUGGCUAGUGAUACUGGUUCUGUUUCAACAAGCAGCAUUUCUGAAUACUUGAUUGAAACAAUACCUGGUUACUGUUUUGAAGACCUUCUUGAUGCUUCUUUCCCACCUAAUGGUUUCUGUAAGAAGCAGAAGCAGAAUCAUUAUUCAGCAUUUCAGUACCAAGAUAUUCAUGUUAACAAGUUUUUUUUUUCCUCAAGUAACGUGUGUACCUCUAGCUCAGGCUGAAUCAGCUCAACUAAUUACUCCUACUCCUUCUAAUAUUAACUCAGUGGUUGGAGUUAAAAGAAAUUCCAAAAGUGAACACUUCAAAAUGGAGAGAUUAUGGAUGUACAGUUUCAGGAACUGGUGCUGCAUUCAUAAAAAAAUCUAGACACUUUCGAUGAUUAACUGUUUGUAAAAAUAUGUUGGAAAAUAUUCCUCUAUAUUU